AUUUUUAUUUGGAUUCGAAACCGCAAGUAAACCCUUUAGUAAUCCACAAAUAAUAAAGGGAUCUAGGGUUUUAGAUUUUCUUCAAGAAAAGAAAUAGAGCUCAAACCAUAAAACCAAAGAGGAAAUCAAGUCGAAGUAAAAUCGAGAAACCAUGUUUCCAGGAAUGUUUAUGCGAAAACCAGACAAGGCAGAGGCAUUGAAGCAGUUGAAGACCCAUGUGGCUAUGUUCGGCGUGUGGGUAGCCGUCGUCCGUGUCACCCCUUACAUUCUUCACUUCCUCUCCGAUGAAAAAGAUGAGCUCAAGCUCGAAUUCUAACUCUUCUCUCUCCCUAUAACAAGUGGUCCAGAAGUUGAGAAAUUGAGUUGGAGUGAAGCAAGUGUCUGAGCUUCAGUCUGUUUUUUUACUUCAACUGGAAGUAUGUGAGGCCAGCACGAGCAUUAGAUCAUUUAUCUUUUUAUCAUUUUGAAGAUUUGACACUCCGAUAUCAUGUCAUGACUGUUUUAGGAUAAAUACUUUGUGGAAUGUAUUUUUGGUUUCAUGGUAGCAACAGUAAAAGAGUUCAUUUCUCUUUAUCAAUAAUUUAUAUACUACUGAGGACUUGGGGUUAGUUUUCAA